UCUGUAGACGCUUCUAACUCUAUAUCUAUCCUGGUUACAGAGAGUAGCCUUCAUCUGACUACUCUAGUAGGCAUAGUGGUGCGUUUGAAUCUUCAUUGUUUCUUCAUAACUUAGAAGGAAAGUAGCUUGACUGAAUAAGUGCUGAGAGAUGGUAGAUAUGAAGAGGAUUAUUACAAGUCUUCAAACCUGACAAUUUGGGGAAAUGAUGAAACUAAAAAUGGAAAACAUAACAUAUGUUUCACAAUUUUAUCUUCUGAGAGUAUCUGAUGAUCCAGAACUGCAGCCCUUUCUCAGUGGGUUGUUCCUUUCCAUGUACCUGAUAUCAGUCCUUGGGAACCUCAUCAUCAUCCUGAUUGUCAGCUCGUUCUCCCACCUCCACACUCCGAUGUAUUUCUUCCUCUCCAUUCUGUCCUUGGCUGACAUUGGCUUCAUUUCUACAACAGUCCCAAACAUGAUUGCAGAGCUUCAAAUCCACAGUCCAGUCAUAUCCUACGUGGGCUGCCUCACUCAGAUGUCUCUUUUUAUCAUUUUUGCAUGUAUGGAUAGUAUGCUUCUGGCUGUGAUGGCAUAUGACAGGUUUGUGGCCAUCUGUCACCCAUUGCGUUAUGCAAUAAUCAUGAAUCCUUGUCGCUGUGGCAUCUUAGUUUUAAUGUCUUUUUCUGCUAGCCUUUUUGAGUCCCUGCUUCACAAUUUGGUUGCCUUACAACUUAAGUGUUUCAAAGAUGUGGCAAUUGCCAAUUUCUUCUGUCACCCUUCUCAACUUCUAAAUUUAAGUUGCAACAACACAUUUAAUAAUAACAUACUCAUGUAUGUUAUUGGUGUCAUACUUGGUGUUUUUCCCUUAUCAGGGAUCCUUAUUUCAUACUUUAAAAUCAUUUCUUCUAUUCUGAGAAUCACCUCUUCAAGUGGGAGGUAUAAAGCUUUCUCUACCUGUGGGUCUCACCUCGCAGUGGUAUGCUUAUUUUAUGGAACAGGGCUUGGAGAGUAUUUUGGCUCACUUUUGUCUCAUUCUUCUGGAAACAAUGUGGUGGCCUCAUUAAUGUACACUGUGGUCACCCCCAUGCUAAAUCCUUUCAUCUACAGUCUGAGGAAUCAGGACAUUAGUGAUUCCCUUAAAAGGCUCCACUUUUGA